AUGAGCUAAUAAGAUUCGCUUGAAAAAUAUAAAAAAGCUACUUGCUUCAAAGAUAAGAAUUAAAAAGAUAUUUAAAAUCUUUAUUUUACAAAAGAUCAAUAGGUAUCUAUCAUUAAAAGCGAUAGAACUGUCUACAAACCAUCUCUUAUUUAUACUAAAACUUCUUCAAAAAGUAAUUCAUUGAGAUCAAUAUUUUUAAAUAGAGAAAGAUUUCAAAAUAAAGCUGAUGUGAGAGAGAAUAGAUUAUCCCACACCAAUAAUUUUGAUACUUUUCUAACUUCUUCUAAUGCCUAUUAAAAUGAAUCUUCUUCAGAUAUUGAAAAAUUUAUUAAAAAUAAUAAGCUACUUUUUUUUACCAGCCGCAAGUAAAAGACAAAUAAUUCCUUCCACGAUCCAAGAGUUGUUAGCUUCUGCUUAAAUAACAGUAGCAAUAAAAAUUUAUCAGAAAAAUAAAAGUAUAAUCAAUAGAAUACAAAUUAAUCAUUAUCACCUCAAAUUAAGUAGAAUUUGGAUCAGUCUUUAAUAAGCAAAAAGAAUAGAAUAUCUUUAAACUUAGAAUAAGCUGAUGGUAAAAAUAUGAUGGAAAAUAAACUUAAAAGAAAGAGUACUCCUAUUACAAGUUUAUAAGAUAAAAGUAGAUUCAUUUAAAGUACCUCCUUCCAUAAAAAAAUGUCUUAAUAAAAAAUUUGUGACUUUAAUCAAAUCAACCAAACUAAAAAUGAGUUAGAUUAAAUAAAUAACAUAAAUAAAGUUAACUAAGAUGAUAAUAAAUAAUAAUUUUAAGAUACAAUAAUAGGAGACAUAUAUUAGCCAACUUUGUAAAAAUAAACAACACUUCAAAUGAUGAUAAACAGAAUUCAUACAAAACAAUCAAAUUUACAACAAAUCGAAAAUAGUGAAUAGGAAAACUAUCUUUAAGAAUAGUAAUAAUCAUAUCUAUCAUCUCCAUUGUCUGCUUCUAAGAGCCCCUUAUCAAAAAAAUUAGAUAUUAUAAAUAUGAGAUUUGCUUAAAUUGAAAAUGAUAAAACUAAAAAGAGUAACUAAAAUUCAAAAUAAAAUAGUUAUUUUAUAAAAAUGAAUUAAAAUUUUCAAACUGAUACUCCACAGACUCACCAGGAAAAAUUAAAUAGAACUUUAAGAUCAGAAAAAAGGUUAAACGCUCAAAAGAGUUUUAGCUCUUUUCAUAAAACUUCUUUUCACAAUUAAUCAGUGGAACAAAACUAAUUUUUAGAAAAUAGCAGUCCUACAAAAAAAAUACCUUUAAUUAAAAAUUUAAAUUUUAUAGGCGAUAAAAAUAAAAAUCCUUUAGAUUUAGAAACUCCACAAGGCAACUCUUCUUAAUUAAAUUAGUAAGUUAAAAAAACGUUUCAAUAAAAAGGAUAUCUUACUCACAGUCAUCAAUAAUUACAAAGUAUUCAAAGAUCACCAAUUAAAAAUGUUAACAAUUUAUAUUCUCAAACACCUGCAGCAAUACUAGAAAAUGAUAAGAAAGAUAUUAAUAAUAAGAUUGAUCUUAUUUAACCAAUUAAUAAUGCAAAAAAAAGUUUAGAAAACAUUAGAUCUUCUAAUAUUUUUUCGAAUUAUGUUGCCCUAACUUUUAGAAAUAACUUAUUGGAAUUAAGAAGGAGAGCAUAAACUUAAAUUAUACAAAAGCUAAGUUUUGAAAGUAGGUAAGCUCUAAAAAGGCUAGUCAUAUAUAUAAAUGAUAUGAAUUAAGAAUAUGAUAAUAUUAAAAAAGUAAGUUAAACCAUUUAUUAGCUUGUAUAUCAUAUCCCUUAUUUGGUGAAAAUGCUUUUUAAAAGUAAAAAAAUUGUCUUGAGGGAUAAAAUUGAUUUACCAUUUGUUACUAAAUUUUUGACAAAUAGAACAAAUAUGGGUUAUAUUGAAAGUAAAUCAGAAUCAUUCGAUCAAAUGCUUGAUAAUAGAAUAAAAGUUGAUAUUGCUUUUCUUAAUGAAAGGCUUAUGGAGUUUAUAUAAAAAAAGUUCUAAGACAGAUUCUCUCUAAUUACUAAAAAUAUUAUAGAAGAGCAUGAAAAAGUUUAAAACCUUGAAGAAAAAAUUGAAGAGAAGAUAGCUAAAACUCGUGGAUUGAUUCCAAAUACUGAAAAGUAACUUCUAAGAAGCAAGCAUAACUAUUAAUGUGUAGAGAACUAUAUGUUUCACUAAAAACUAAAAAAUCAAAAUACAUUUUCUUAAACUUUCUUGAGCUAAUAAAACAGGCUAGGUUCUUUUCAUAUAAUAGAUAGAUAGAAUGUAAUUAUAAACAAUGAGCUAGAUAACAUUUAUACACAAGUUCAAAAUCAAACAACACAUAAAAGUUAGAUAAAUCCCUUCUAAUAUUAUGAUGACCAGCAAUCAAAUUAACCAGAAAUUUAAAAUAUUUGA